AUGGAAAGUCCUAUACGUUUAACAGAAGAACAGCAAACUAUUUUUGAUUUAGCUAAAAAAGGCUACAACAUUUGCAUACUUGGUAGAGCUAGUGUAGGAAAAUCAACAACUGUUCAAGAAAUAAAGAAAGAACUUUCGGCUAAGUGUUUGCAAUGCGAAAUAAUUUGCUCUACUGGGAUUGCAUGUAAGAAUUAUGAUGGCGAAGCCAAAACGUCCCACUCAUUUUACGGCCUUCAAAUUGCAGAACUCCCUUCAGAAAUGCUGGCGGAGGGAUCUUUGACGCAAGAAAAGAUUAGAAAGCGACUAGGUGAAACAAAUGUGUUGAUCUGGGACGAGGUUUCUAUGACAAGCAAACGCAUUUUGGAACUGGUAAACAUUAUACACCUUUUGCUUUCAAAUAAUAACUUCGCAUUUGGAGGAAUACAAGUGAUUCUUGUUGGCGACUUCUGGCAUUUAAAACCAAUACCAAGUGUAUUUGAUAACGGGAAAGCAAUUUAUGAGUCUCACAUUUUUAAUGAAGUGUUUCAACAUCGUAUCGAGCUGACAAAAAUUUUGAGACAAUCAGAAUGUGAAACGUCAUUCAAGGAUUUGCUGGAGAUGUUGCGGGUCGGUGAUUGUAGCGAUGAAGCCAAGGAAUACGCUCGAAAGAAGAAUUACAACAUAUAAUAGAUAAGAUAGAUAGAAAAAUUACAACACCAGAUGGAAACGAGCUAAUCCAUAUUUAUUUCAAGAAGAUCCAUGAGGAACACGAUAAUGGGACUGUCUUGGCAAGUCUUCCUGGUGAAUUGAUUCAAUACCAGAGUAUUGAUACUGGACAUACAACUAGUCUGGAGAAAAGUAUACCAAGAGUUUUAGCUGUGAAACCUGGAUGCAAGAUUAUGCUGCUAUGUAACAUCAACGACAAUUUGAAAAAUGGAUAUCAGGGAGAAUUCAUUGGUUCGGAUCCAGAUGAUGAGAACAAAGUUAUCGUUAACUUUCCUACGACUGGCACAGUAAGUUUAAGUCGACGAACAUGGUUUAAAUAUGCUCGUGAUGGAAAAGUUCAAGGAAGUCGGACACAAUUCCCAAUCCUUCGUUGCUACGCAAUAACAGUACAUAAAUCACAAAGCUUGACAUUGGAAGCUGCUGUCGGCCAUUGUGCUCAGGAAUUUGUCCACGGUCAAACGUACGUUGCUAUGUCGCGGGUGAAACUAUCUGACAAACUCCAAGUAAUUAAUUUCCACCGUAAAUUCUUGCUACCUCCACCACCUGAACUGGUAAAUCUUGCGAGAAACGUGACCUGCUUAGAACCGACCGAGACGUAUGCAUGCUGCAAAUAUCGACCUCUGUACAAAAGUCAUUUUGUAGCCGGCGACAGCGUCAUGAUGUUCCAGGAAGAGAUUCAAUCAAUUGAAAGUGACAAGGACGAAACUGAUGUUACUGAUGAAAGUCAUGAAACAUUUGAAGGAGAGGAGUUUUUCAAAACAACUGAAGGAACUGCGACAUGCAAGCUUGAAGAUGUCCUGCUUUGUUUGAUACCACAUUUUGAAACCGAAUUGUCAACCCCACUAUCUACGUUUACCAUGGAGACAUUCCUCACAUCAGCAACUACUAAUCGUACAGAUCAAUGCUGCGGCGAGAUAUGCCAUCAACAAUAUGGUGCGUGGGCAGUUCGCAAAUGUCUCAACAAAGGUUGA